UGACCCUAGAAAAGAAAACACUCCCUGAAAGACAGACAGCUGCAGUGCAGACACCAGCCAAUACCCAUCCCGUCACACCGGAGCACAUAGCGAAACCUCACCGUCACAUCGGAGCUGAGCACGCACACCGCCCGGGGCUGUUUAGCAGGUUUCUGUCGGUAAACAACACACAGCGGAGGGGGGGGGGCUGCCGCUGGAGCUACACUGCAACGCAUCUGCGCAGCACCGGAGAGGCUGAAGAAACGUCGCAUCACCGUUUAUGAAAAUGCCGUUUAACGUUAACGGCAUCCUUUGCACGCUCGCGCUGCUGUUGCUUUGGCGGGCGGAGGAGCUCGCGGAAGCGUGCAGCUGUGCCCCGGUCCAUCCGCAACAGGCGUUCUGCAACGCCGACGUAGUGAUUCGAGCGAAGGUGGUGGGAGAGAGCGAGGUGGAUACCGGGAAUGAUAUCUAUGGGAACCCAAUCAAGAGGAUCCAGUAUGAGGUCAAACAGAUCAAGAUGUUCAAGGGUCCUACCCAGGACAUCGAUGCCAUCUUCACUGCUCCUAUGUCUGCUGUCUGUGGCGUCACCCUGGAUGUCGCCGGCAAGAAGGAGUACCUGAUCUCAGGCAAGUCCGAGACCAACGGGCGCAUGCAUGUGACCCUGUGUGAUUACAUCAUGCCCUGGGACUCCUUGAGCAGCACCCAGAAGAAGGGCCUGACCCAGCGCUACCAGAUGGGCUGUGAAUGCAAGAUUGUGCGCUGUCCUUCUCUGCCCUGCGAGAUCUCGGCUCCUGAGGAGUGUCUGUGGACUGACAUGAUGAUCGAGAAGCAGGUGCACGGACGCCAGGCCAACCACUACGCCUGCGUGAAGCGGGCGGACGGCUCCUGCUCCUGGUACCGCGGCAUUGCGUCGCCCAAGAAGGAGUUCCUGGACGCCGACGACCCUUAGUCACGAGGCAGGCCUGACUGCCCACUGUCUGGAAAAUAAAUAUCAAUUUGAAGAAAAACUAAAGAAGUGGCGCCUGAGAGGUUGGGAUAAAAAGGGAUAUUUUUGCAGGUUUAAUGUGUGAAAGAGAAACAAAAGGAGCUUUGUUGGAUGUUAUUUCAGUGUCUUUGUACUAUCUGUUGAUUGUAAAUGCCAACAGCAGUUUCAUGAUUUGCCAAUAUAUUCUCGCAGAUGGUUUAUUUCAUGAGUAAUAAGGUAUUAACAUGCUUACUGUUAGCUUUCCUGCUCUUUCCAGUUAUUAAUGAAAGCUUUACCGCUGUCAUAGAAAGCAAGUUAUCAAUCCAAGUUUACAGUGCUGUUUUAUACACCGUAAGCUAUCAAAAAAAUCUAUCUAUGGAGUAUUAGAGGCAUAAUUUAUAAGUAAACUCUUUCCAUUUGCAUUACUUUGUAUUUUUUCAGUGUUAUUAUUAUACCUGUCAUGAUUUUUGUGUGUUUUCGCUGUCUUUUAUCUAUGAUGUCUUUAGCUGUAAUGGCGAGGUGAGAAGGUCCUCUUGCGCUGGAGUAACGUGAGAGAGAGAGAUUAACCGUGUUUGGAGAGGUGUAGAGAAAUUAGAAAUGGGUACCUUGUGUUAAUAGAGGACUGUGCAUGUGUUUGAUGCUUUGUGUAAGUCCAGGCGAAGGACAAAAUAUUCAGUAUUAUCAAAUAAAAAACAUGUUUGAAAGAA